GGGGGUUACACCAGGCGGAAGUGGAGGGGUGAGUGUCAUGGAGACAGGUGAGAGCAGCAGAAUUUCCAGUCUGCUCAAAAAUCUGCACGAUCCAGUGCGUAACCAGGUGGCAACCUUAGAUGAUGUUAGGAACCAGUCUGAUGUAUAUACGCACAUGCAUGUCUGAUGGGAUUAAGCACUUGCUAUCAAGUGAACUCCACCAGGUGCCAGCUUCUGGAGCUGCCCUGGGAAGAUGUUCUGGUUCCGCACGUCCUGUGCCACCUCCCACUGUGCCAGCUGGUCUGCCUGCAGCGGGUUAGCAAACAGUUCCACACCUUGAUCCAGCUCUACCUGGCAAACUGCCACACUCUGGACACCUCGCAGGUCGGGGCUGCUAUCCCUCAACACGCCUUCUGCAAAAUACUGAAAGACAACACGGUACUGCACCACCUGAUAGUAGGAAGCUGUUCCGACUGGCUGACAGACAGCGAGCUCUUACCGGUGAUUGGCCAAAAUCAUCACUUGGAGAAGGUUGACAUCACAGGCUGCCGAGGCCUGAGCAGACAGUCGCUGGUGGCCUUGUCCCUGAGCUGCCCCAACCUGCAGCACCUUUCCCUCAGGCAGUGUGACUGGGUGGAUCCCCUCUCCCUGAGGAGCCUGGCUGACCGCUGCAGUCGGCUGCUGUCAGUCGACCUGACCGCCUGCAAGCAGCUGAACGAUGAAGCCGUCUGUUACCUGGUCCGGAAGUGUCGAAAGAUCAGGUCACUAUCCCUGGCGGUCAACGCAAACCUCAGCGAUUGUUCAGUGCAGGAGGUGGCAAAACAGUGCACCGAUCUCGAACACUUGGAUCUAACCGGCUGUCUCCACCUCAGGAACGAGUGCAUGAGGACAGUUGCAGAAUAUUGCACAAAGCUCCACUCACUGAAAGUGAACCACUGUCAUAACAUCACCGAAGGGAGUUUAGAAGUUUUGCGCAAGAAGGGAGUGGACAUUGAUGUGCAGCCACCUCUCCAGCGAGCACUUGUCCUCCUGCAGGAUGUUGUGGGCUUUGCUCCAUUUAUCAACCUCCAGAUUUGAACAGAACUAUUCGGGUAAACUGGUUCCCCGUCUCCCCGACACACACGCACACAACACUUAUGGUGCUUAUGUAAACUUAGAUUAAAGUAGGUGGUAUAAUAUUUCAGUAGCAAACUGCAAAUUCUUUGUCAAAUUUGCAGUAUCAAAUUUGCAAUCACUCAAAGCUAGUGUGAUAUUGGAAAGAAUCAAGACCAGUAACUGACAGCCUCGGUGAUUCUGCACCACGGCAACUCACACCUGAGCUGGCUAAGUUCCCUUGUAAAUGAUGUUUGAUACUGUGAGCUGAUAAGAGUGGCCAUGUUGUGCACUAGUGGGGGCGAGGCAGUGUAUUACUUCUGUUUACCCACUGAACUGUGAAAGCAUGACCAUUAAUGGUGAAUCGUUUGACCUUACAAAGGUCCCAGGUAUUUAUUCCAUUUAAGAGGUGGCAAAGAGUUGCAGCUGUUAUUCAGAUACAUCCAAGUAGUUCUGGUUUGGAAGGUAACAGAGUUGGAGCCUUUAGAGAGAAUAGGGUAUAAUCUAGGUAGCUGUGACAAUCAAUGGGCUUGUAAUAGAUGUCUGUGAAAGCACAUCAGCAGAGAGAAAGAUACAUCAGAGAUGGACCAUGUGAAGAUGAGGGUGGUAAUUGGAAGUCACAUAAAUAAAAUUCAAAGAUUUCAACAUGUUGACCAUUGAAAUGGACAAGAAAGUCAGGAAGGAGGCCUGAGUGGACCUGGAACAAAGUGCAUUCAAUAUAUCCUGCAAAAGACAGGUUCACAUACCAACAUAUUUUACCUGGAGGAUGCGUGUUAAAAGAGAAGUCAUUCAAGGUGAGAUAUUCGGCUAGGAUGAGUGCUGGCAGAUGGUUGGACCUCUGUUCGAAGAGGAACCAUAUGCUGCCCUAGUGAGAGCUGGAAGCGUAGAGGGACUGGAGAAUCUGAAAUCAUGAAAGUGGCAGAGAUGACACAAGUGUAGAUGAGUAGAGCCUAGACAUGGUAGAGAGAAGAGUCAGAUAAGAAGAAAUUGAUCAGUGGGACAGGAGCAUCUUAAAAUAAUUGUUCUACCUAAACAAUCCUAUUUUUCACAUCUUGGAGUAAAGAUAGAAAUGAGCUAAGCCUGGCUGUAGAACUGAGGUCAGAUCCCCGGAAGAGUUGUGAUUGCUAAUAGCUUGGAGAAUAAUUUUGGUACUGGGGUCAUGGUCCAGAGGCAGGUCAAAGAAUUGGCAUUCAGCCUCAGCCAGGUAGAGGUCCUCCUGCCUCGACUAUCAGCAGGUUUGAUAUCAGGGUUAGAACUGAGAGAGAAGCUUCAAUAGCUAUUUGAAGCAAUGCAUUGUCUUUACCUUUUCAUAAGAGAAAUUAUUUUGAUCUCCCCCUUUAUACUUUGAAUAUUAAUCCUAAAUUCACCAUCAGGAAAUAUUUCACUGUGUACCUUUUUAAAACUUAAACUAGACCUGAUUGGCAUUCUAAGUCUGUAAUUACUGAUCCCUGGUAGUAUCCUAGUAAAACCUAUGUUGUACUCUCUCUAAUGGGUCAACAUUGCUUCCAUAGUGGAUGCACAAAACCACACACAGCACUCCCAAUGUUGGCUUAGCCCAGGAAUGGUCCAAAUACAGCACCAAGGAACUUGAGACUAAUUUUGAUAACUCUUUAAACAUCCUCAGAGAAUCAUACAUUACAGGAAGCUGCCAUUUGACAGCCCAGUGAAAGAGCUAUCGAAUUAGUCCUGCUCCCCUGCUCUUUCCACAUAGCCCUGCAAUUUUCUCUUUUUCGAGUAUGUAUCCAACUCCCUUUUGAAAAUUACUAUUGAAUCUGCUUCCAGCCCCCUUUCAGGCAGGUCAUUUGUGAUCAGAACUUGGUGUGUAAAAAAAGAAAUUCCUGUUAAUCUCCUCUCUGUUCUUUAGGCUAAUUAUCUUAAAUCUCUGUCCUCUGGUUACCAAUAAUCCUGCCAGUGAAAAUAGUUCCUCAUUUGCUCUUUGAAGCCCUCACAACCUUGACUACCAAUUAAAUCUCCCCUAAUCUUGUCCGCUCGAAGAAUAAUCCCAGCUUCUCCAGUCACUCUAUAUCAGUAAAGACCUUCAUCUCUGGUUCCAUUCUAGUAAAUCUCCUCUGUCCCCUCGCUGGAAGAUGGGCCUUCGACUGACAGAUGUAUGCAGUGGUUUUGACAUGAAUAUCCCUAAGCUUAACAAACUUGUUGUAGUUAUUUUAACACAAACCUAUUUGUUUCUAUGCUUUUAUUUCUCUUUGUUAGCCUCUUGACUGAGAAGGUUGUGGGUCUAAACUCCAUUCCAAUACUUAAAGACAUAAUCUAGGCUGAAACUUCAGUGCAAUAUUGAAGGGGAGCUACACUCACUGAUACUUUCAGAUGAGACGUUAACCUGAGAACCCAACCCCCAUCACCCUCCGCGUGAUCAGGUGGGUGCAAAAAAUCCCACGGCACUAUUUCAAAAGAGUAGGAACAUUAUCCUGGGUAUCCUGGCCAAUAUUUUUAAAGUAGUGGGUAGGGAAGAGUUCUUCAGGUGACCUGACCAAUCUUCAUUCCUCAAAAUGGUUAACCAAUCAUCAUUGACUAUGGAGCACUGAUGUGCACAAAUUGAUUGCUUUGUUUGCCAAUAAAUAAUUGAUUCAAAA